CCGGGGCCCACCGCCUCCUCGGCCGCCGCUUCCUCCGCAGCCCCGGUCGGCGCAAGUGCGGCGCGCGCUGGGGGAGGGGGCGCGGCGGAGCGCAAGGCUGGCGUCGGGCCGCCGGCGGCGGUGCGGGAUUAAGUUUCUCGGUGGCGCGCGAGUGUCUGUGCGCUUUCGUCCCGAGGCUCCUCGCUGGGCCGUUACUUCAGAAGAGAAGAGAGAGCGUGGGCGAGGAGAGGGCUCCCCGAGUCCCCGGAGACCCCCGCUCCCCAGCCCUCCGCCCCUUUCCCGUCUCCGCCCGGGGCGGCCGCCGCGAGCCGGAGGAGAACACUGAACUUUGGGAAACAAUGUUAGAAACUAUAGACAAAAAUCGGGCCCUGCAGGCAGCAGAGCGCUUGCAAGGCAAGCUGCGAGAACGUGGGGAUGUGGCAAACGAAGACAAGCUGAACCUUCUCAAGUCAGUCUUGCAGAGCCCACUCUUCAGUCAGAUUCUGAGCCUGCAGGCUUCGGUACAGCAGCUGAAAGAACAGGUAAACACUGUAACUUCGGCAGUUUCAAAUGUUGAGUUUGCCCAUGCUCAACAUCUCAGCUCAGCCAUGAUUCCUACUCUGCAAAAUGAAUUGUUUUUGUCAUCCUCAAAUGAUGGGAAUCUGGAAGCACUUAUAGCUUCAAGCACUCCACACAUGAAUGGGAAACCUGCUUGUGAUGAAUUUGAUCAACUCAUCAAAAAUAUGGCCCAAGGUCGCCAUGUAGAAGUUUUUGAGCUUCUCAAACCACCAUGUGGAGGCCUCGGGUUCAGUGUUGUGGGACUACGGAGUGAAAACCGGGGAGAGCUGGGGAUAUUUGUGCAGGAGAUCCAAGAGGGCAGUGUGGCUCACAGAGAUGGAAGAUUGAAGGAAACCGAUCAGAUCCUUGCUAUCAAUGGACAGGCACUUGAUCAGACCAUUACACAUCAGCAGGCCAUCAGCAUCCUGCAGAAAGCCAAGGAUAAUGUGCAGCUAGUUGUCGCCAGAGGCUCGCUGCCUCAGCUCAUCAGCCCGAUAGUUUCCCGGUCCCCAUCUGCAGCCAGUACCAUUUCAGCUCACUCUAAUCCAGUUCACUGGCAGCAUGUGGAAACUAUUGAAUUGGUGAAUGAUGGAUCUGGUCUGGGAUUUGGCAUUGUCGGGGGAAAAGCAACUGGCGUGAUAGUAAAAACCAUUCUGCCUGGAGGAGUGGCUGAUCAGCAUGGGCGAUUAUGCAGUGGAGACCACAUUCUAAAGAUUGGUGACACAGAUCUAGCUGGAAUGAGCAGUGAGCAAGUUGCUCAAGUCCUCAGGCAAUGUGGCAAUAGAGUUAAAUUGAUGAUUGCAAGAGGUGCCAUAGAAGAAGCAACAGCAUCCUCCUCUUUGGGCAUCGCCCUUUCUUCAUCCCCAUCUUCUACGCCAGAGGCGCGGGUUGAUGCUUCUACUCAGAAAAAUGAAGACAGUGAGACGUUUGAUGUAGAACUCACUAAAAAUGUCCAAGGAUUAGGAAUUACCAUCGCUGGUUACAUUGGAGAUAAAAAAUUAGAACCUUCAGGAAUCUUUGUAAAGAGCAUUACAAAGAGCAGUGCUGUUGAACAUGAUGGACGAAUCCAAAUUGGAGACCAAAUUAUUGCAGUAGAUGGCACAAACCUUCAGGGUUUUACCAAUCAACAAGCAGUAGAGGUGUUACGCCACACCGGGCAGACUGUACACCUGACACUCAUGCGGAGAGGAACAAGGCCGGAAGCUGAGCUCUCGUCAAGGGAGGCUGUCACAAAAGAGGCACUUUUGUCUCCUGCUAGCGCGCCCAUAAGCAAAGAAAAUUAUGAAAAAGAUGAAGAUUCUUUAUCUUUGAGGAGAAACACCAGCAUAUCACCAAUUGAAGAAGAAGGGUAUCCAUUACUGUCAGCUGAGACAGAAGAAGUAGAAGAUACACAACAACAGGAAGCUGCCUUGCUGACAAAGUGGCAGAGGAUUAUGGGAAUUAAUUAUGAAAUAGCGGUGGCGCACGUAAGCAAGUUCAGUGAGAACAGUGGGUUGGGGAUAAGUCUGGAAGCGACAGUGGGACAUCAUUUUAUCCGAUCUAUUCUGCCUGAAGGUCCUGUAGGACACAGUGGGAAGCUGUUCAGUGGAGAUGAGCUAUUGGAAGUGAAUGGCAUAACUUUGCUUGGGGAAAAUCACCAAGAUGUGGUGAAUAUUUUAAAAGAGCUGCCCAUAGAAGUGACCAUGGUAUGCUGUCGUCGGACUGUACCACCCACCACCCAGUCAGAAUUGGAAAGCCUAGACUUACGUGACAUUGAACUAACUGGAAAGCCUCAUGUAGAUCUGGGCGAAUUCAUCGGGUCCUCAGAGACGGAGGAUCCUGUCCUGGAGAUGACCAAUGUGGGUCAGAAUGCAGCGAAGGUCCAAGGGCCUUUGGCCAUGUGGGAAAAUGACAUUCAGCACAUUGAGCUGGAGAAAGGGAGCAAAGGACUUGGUUUUAGCAUUUUAGAUUAUCAGGAUCCAAUUGACCCAGCAAGCACUGUGAUCAUAAUUCGUUCUUUGGUGCCCGGUGGUGUUGCUGAAAAGGAUGGGCGACUUCUUCCCGGUGACCGACUCAUGUUUGUCAAUGAUGCGAACUUGGAAAAUAGCAGCCUUGAAGAAGCUGUACAGGCGCUGAAGGGAGCACCAUCAGGAACCGUGAAAAUAGGAGUGGCCAAGCCUUUACCUCUUUCACCAGAAGAAGGUUAUGUGUCUGCUAAGGAGGAUCCGUUUCUCUACCCCCCACACUCCUGCGAGGAGGAAGGGCUGGCUGGCAAAGCCCUCUUCAGGGCCGACUUGGCUCUGGUGGACACAAAUGAUGCUGACUUAGCAGAUGAAUCUCCUUUUGAGUCUCAGUACUCCCCUGAUAAUGACAGUAUUUACUCUACUCAAGCCUCUAUUUUAUCUCUUCCUGGCAGUACUUGUAGUGAUGGCCUGAACUAUGGCCCCUCUCUUCCAUCUUCUCCUCCCCAGAAUGUUACUGAAAACUCUUCAGAGCCAGUGCUUGAUCUCCACAUGUCCUUGGAGGAAAUGUACACCCAGAAUCUCCUGCAAAGACAGGACGAGAGUCCACCUUCAUCAGACUUGAGUAUGGGACCUGCUUCUGGCUUUGCCAUAAAUGAUUAUACACCUGCAAAUGCUAUUGAGCAGCAAUACGAAUGUGAAAACACAAGAGCGUGGACUGAGUCUCACCGGCCAAAUGAAGUAACAUCAAAUGCAGAACUUACUUCUCCUCUGCUACCUGAUUCAACUGGAAAGGGCUCUGAGUUCUUAAAUCAACAGAGCUCCCUGGCUUCCGCUGCCGAGUGUGUCAUGCUUCAAAAUAUGCCCAAAGAAUCUUUUGAGAGGACCAUUACUAUAGCAAAAGGCAAUUCUAGCCUCGGGAUGACAGUAAGUGCUAAUAAAGAUGGCUUGGGGAUGAUUGUCCGAAGCAUUAUUCAUGGAGGCGCCAUUAGUCGAGACGGCCGGAUUGCCGUUGGUGACUGCAUCUUGUCUAUUAAUGAAGAGUCUACUAUCAGUUUAACCAGUGCCCAGGCGCGAGCCAUGUUGAGAAGACAUUCUCUCAUUGGGCCUGACAUAAAAUUCUCUGCAGCACCUGCUGAUGACCGAGCCCCCUUUCAUGUAAUUACUUACGUGCCUGCGGAACAUUUGGAAGAGUUCAGAAUAAGCUUGGGACAACAAUCUGGAGGAAUUAUGGCACUGGAUAUUUUUUCUUCAUACACUGGCAGAGACAUUCCAGAAUUACCUGAGCGAGAAGAAGGGGAAGGAGAAGAAAGUGAACUUCAGAAUGCAGCAUACAGCAAUUGGAAUCAGCCCAGGCGGGUUGAACUUUGGAGAGAACCAAGCAAAUCCUUGGGCAUCAGCAUUGUUGGUGGACGAGGGAUGGGCAGUCGUCUGAGCAAUGGUGAAGUGAUGAGGGGCAUUUUCAUCAAACAUGUUCUUGAAGAUAGUCCUGCUGGCAAAAAUGGAACCUUGAAACCUGGAGAUAGAAUAGUAGAGGUGGAUGGAAUGGACCUCAGAGAUGCAAGCCAUGAACAAGCUGUGGAAGCCAUUCGGAAAGCAGGCAACCCUGUAGUCUUUAUGGUACAGAGCAUUAUAAACAGACCAAGGAAAUCCCCUUUGCCUUCCUUGCCGCACAACCUUUACCCUAAGUACAACUUCAGCAGCACUAACCCAUUUGCUGAUUCUCUGCAGUUCAACGCUGACAAGGCACCCAGUCAGUCAGACUCAGAGCCAGAAAAGGCUCCAUUGUGCAGCGUGCCUCCACCCCCUCUGUCGGCAUUUGCAGAAAUGAGCGGUGAUCAUGCACAGUCAUCUGCGAGCAAAACCUCAGAAGACAUGGACAAAGAGGAUGAGUUUGGUUACAGCUGGAAAAAUAUCAGAGACCGUUACGGAACCCUAAUGGGUGAGCUGCAUAUGAUUGAACUGGAGAAAGGCCGCAGUGGUUUGGGUCUAAGUCUUGCUGGGAACAAAGACCGAUCCAGGAUGAGUGUCUUUAUAGUGGGGAUUGAUCCACACGGAGCGGCCGGGAGAGAUGGCCGAUUACAGAUUGCAGAUGAGCUUCUAGAGAUCAAUGGUCAAAUUUUAUAUGGAAGAAGUCAUCAGAAUGCUUCAUCAAUCAUUAAAUGUGCCCCUUCUAAAGUAAAAAUAAUUUUUAUCAGAAAUAAGGAUGCAGUAAGUCAGAUGGCCGUGUGUCCUGGAAAUACAGUAGAACCUUCACCGUCUACCUCAGUGAAUCUUCAACUGAAGGAGGUUGAACCAAGUGUUACUACUGCCGCUGCAGCUGUGGACCUCAGUUCAUUUAAAAAUGUGCAACACGUGGAGCUUCCCAAGGAUCAAGGGGGUUUGGGCAUUGCUAUUAGUGAAGAAGAUACACUCAACGGUGUCGUCAUAAAGAGCCUAACAGAGCAUGGGGUAGCAGCCAAGGAUGGACGGCUCAAAGUUGGAGAUCAGAUCUUGGCUAUUGAUGAUGAAGUUGUUGUUGGCUAUCCUGUUGAAAAGUUUAUCAGCCUUCUGAAAACAGCAAAGACAAUGGUGAAACUUACAAUUCAUGCUGCAAAUCCAGAUUCCCAGACUCUUGAUUCAGCAGUGGGGACAGCCAAUGGGGAAAAGAAGAACAGCUCCCUGUCUCCGAUGGUCCCACCAUCUGGCUCCCCAGAACCGGAGCCCAUCCGAAAUACAAGCAGGUCAUCCACACCAGCGAUCUUUGCUUCUGAUCCUGCCACCUGCCCCAUUAUCCCAGGCUGUGAGACAACCAUUGAGAUUUCCAAAGGGCGAACAGGGCUGGGCCUGAGCAUUGUUGGGGGAUCUGACACCCUGCUGGGUGCCAUUAUUAUCCAUGAAGUUUAUGAAGAAGGAGCAGCAUGUAAAGAUGGAAGACUCUGGGCUGGAGAUCAGAUUUUAGAGGUGAAUGGAAUUGACUUGAGAAAGGCCACACAUGAUGAAGCCAUAAAUGUCCUGAGACAAACACCACAAAGAGUGCGCCUGACACUCUACAGAGAUGAGGCUCCAUACAAAGAGGAGGAUGUGUAUGACAUGCUCACCAUUGAGCUGCAGAAGAAGCCGGGCAAAGGCCUGGGAUUAAGUAUCGUUGGUAAAAGAAAUGACACUGGAGUUUUUGUGUCAGACAUUGUCAAAGGAGGAAUUGCAGAUGCUGAUGGAAGACUGAUGCAGGGAGACCAGAUAUUAAUGGUGAAUGGAGAAGACGUCCGUAAUGCCACCCAGGAAGCUGUUGCUGCUUUGCUAAAGUGUUCUCUAGGUACUGUGACCUUGGAAGUCGGAAGAAUCAAAGCCGGUUCAUUCCAUUCAGAGAGGAGGCCUUCUCAAAGUAGCCAGAUGAGUGAAGGCAGCCUGUCAUCAUUCACUUUUCCACUUUCUGGAUCCAGUACAUCUGAGUCACUGGAAAGCAGCUCAAAGAAGAAUGCAUUGACAUCUGAAAUACAGGGAUUAAGAACAGUUGAAAUAAAAAAGGGGCCUGGUGACUCCCUGGGAAUCAGCAUUGCUGGAGGAGUGGGCAGCCCACUUGGUGAUGUUCCUAUAUUUAUUGCAAUGAUGCACCCAAAUGGAGUUGCAGCUCAGACCCAGAAACUCAGAGUUGGGGAUAGGAUUGUUACUAUCUGUAACAUGUCCACUGAGGGGAUGACUCACACCAAAGUGGUUAACUUACUGAAAAGUGCUUCUGGCUCCAUUGAAAUGCAGGUGGUUGCUGGAGGAGAUGUGAGUGUGGUCACAGGUCAUCAAAAGGAGGCUGCCAAUUCCAGUCUUUCUUUCCCUGGGUUGACAUCAAGCAGUAUCUUUCAGGAUGAUUUAGGGCCUCCUCAGUGUAAGUCUAUUUCAUUGGACCGAGGACCAGAUGGCUUAGGCUUCAGUAUAGUGGGAGGAUAUGGCAGCCCUCAUGGAGACUUACCCAUUUAUAUUAAAACAGUGUUUGCGAAGGGAGCAGCCUCCGAAGAUGGGCGUCUAAAAAGGGGUGAUCAGAUCAUUGCUGUCAAUGGGCAGAGCCUAGAAGGGGUAACCCAUGAAGAAGCUGUUGCCAUCCUCAAGCGGACAAAAGGCACUGUCACUCUAUUGGUUCUUUCCUGAAGUGGCUGCCAGAAUUGAGCCAACUCAACCCCUCACUCACGUCCCACACUGUAAAGAGAAUGGAACUGGCCUUGUGGGUCACGUUUCCUAUGCUGUGUUCAUCGUGCUCUUCAAAACUGUAGGGAAAAUUUACCAUUUAAGUUUGUGUCUCGUAUGGAAAUGAUUUUCUUACUGACAACCUAGCACCAUUUUUUCCUUUCUCCUUGUGUGAAUGUAAAUGCAAAUUUUUUUUUUAUUUGCCUAGUUAAAUCCAGUCUUUCUUCAUGAAGAUAUCUGACAUUUUAUAGUCACAGGACAAAAAUUAUUAUGUGCUAAACUGGUUAGUAGAGGAAGAAAAAAAUAAUUCUAAAGGUAACCUAAGAGAAGUGGCUUCAGUACACUAGGGUGAAAAAUGAAACUAUAAAAUGAAAGAUAAAAUCUUGAACUUUAUAAAAAUACCUUGUGUUUCCAAUCUACCCUCCCUAUUUCUAACCAAAAAAAAAAAAAAAAAUUCUGUUGAAAAUCUUUAAAAAUGCUGUUUUUAUAACUUUUGAUUAUAAAAAAUUGCAACUCCCCACUUUUAAUAUACACAUAUAUAUUUUCCUCCUAAAAUAGUAGUCUUAAGAUUGAGUAAAAAGCAAGUAUCUAAAGCAAUGUCUCUAUGUUUGCAAAGAAAAUAUGUAACACACAUCUUGAUGUUCACUUUCAUUUUUGACCUGUUACAGAAUUUUUCCAUGUUUCUAUAAUUAAAAUGAUGAUGCUAUCCCGCGUUGAUUGUUGUUUCUCUAGAAAGCAGCCAUGCUAACUGUGGCGAAACAUAGAAGGCUCUCAAAAUCUUUAGUGCUGGUUUUAACUGAUGCAACACUAAAAAUGUGUUCGUGCACUGUGCAGUUGGUUUUCAGUUAGUAUUAAUCUUAAUGACAGAGAAAAAAGCAAUGUGUUAGUAAUUAUUUUGGUUGUAUGCCAUUAGAAAAUUGAUAGAAAAAUUAAGGGGAUUAACAUAACUUCAUUUCAUUGCCUUAUAUUAACAUCUUAUAAUACAAUAGUUUAAGACUAAGGGAAACAGAUGGAGCUGUUUAUUGAGACAACUGGUGAGGAAUUAUCAUGUGUUCAUUCCCAUUUUAGAGCGUGAAACUCCUACAUUAGAAUAUAUAAAGUCACUUUAAAUAUUAUCUAUAUUUGUAACAGAAGUAGUGUACAGAUAUUUUAUUACACCACUUUUGUGUAAAUGCAGAAUUGAAGUGAAUAAAUAAGAAGUUUCAUGGUGCACGAAUAAA